UUCUAUCAUUGAUGUACGUCUAUCGAUCAAUAUAUAUUGUUAUUGAAUUAUCGUCCAAGCCAAGGAAGUCAUAAUAUUUGGUUAAUUGUACAUCUUUUUUACUGGUUUAGUAUGUAGAUGGUUUUAUGUCCCAAAACACAUGUAAGAGAACCAAAUGUGCUCAUAUUCAGUGUGAAAAGUGGACUAAAGUGUUUGUGUUGCGUACAGGUGUGCUGUUAUCAUCAGCAUCCACAUCAACAGAUGAACCAUCUGAACCUCCAACAACAACUGCUACGAAUACUUCACCCAGUGAACAUGGCUCAAGUCCAACCAGUCAACCUUUUACCACGUCUGAGGCUACAGAGACGACCUCAGCCACUGCUGGGAGCAACAGCUCCACGCCCGUUUCUGCAGCUUCUUCACCAUCACCAUCAACCACUUCCAUCACAGCUACCACAGUAACUGAGACGACGAUGGGAAAUACGACCAUCACACAGAUGACUGCUCAACCAAACGACACCAUCCAAACCACCAAUGCCACCAGUGACUUCACCACUGCCACCAACACCACUGACCCACCAACAACCGCCGUGAACACCACCACCACCCUGGACUCUAACGCCACAGCCGGUUCCACAACCAGCGACAAAGGCUCACAACCAACAACCUCAACCGGCGGCCCAACCACCACCACACCCUACACUACGUCUACCGCCAGCCCCACGUCGACCGCAGCCCCGACCAGCAACCUGACGCCAGAUAAGAUGGAGCCGAAUUCAAAGCCGCUUAGCUCAGGAACUGUUGCAGUCAUCGUGUUCAUGUUCCUCCUGCUGUUCCUCAUGAUGAUCGGAGGAUUGUACUAUUACAAGUUUAGAAGGCCAUCAUACGGCCCCCUGCUGGAGAGCACUGACCACGGCACUAUAGGAAACUUCACCAACCCCAUGUACGACCCUUGAUGCGUCGGAUCUCUGAUCUCAGAAGAAUAAAACGCUCUGCAGGCUGAGCCGCUCUGCACAGCGUGCGACUGAAGACGUUAUUAGAGUCAGUUUAUCGAUGUUGUGAUGAUGGGAACCUGUUUCCAACGCAGGUUAAGGGGCUUUCUUUGGUUAAGAACUACUUUGUUGAUGUUUUCCUCACCAUAAAAACGAGCUCUGCAGUGAAAGUAAAGCUUCAUAUGCAGGACACACUGACAGCAUGAAGGAUGGAAAAUAAGGAAAGAUUUAAAAAAAACAGCAAUUAAUUUUUUUAGCAGGGAAGUUUUAAUGUCCUGUGAAGCAGAUAUAUGAAUACCGGGAAGUAUUUUUAUAUAAUUGUCAAAUUUCCGUAUAUUCCUCGGGUUUACAUGGGACUUUCAAAGUUACUUCAAGCAAAACUGUGAGAUAAUAAUAGUAUAUUGCACUUGAAAAUGUAAAAAGUCUUUGUAGAAAAGUUAAAUAAAAAAUAAAAUGAGCUGGGAGAGCUCAGACAGCAGAAUUAGUUGAAUGUCAAAAAGGUUUCAGAGAAUGGUUUUCAUUUGAAGUCUGUGAAACUUUUUUUUUUUAAAUAAAUUGUUUAUUUAUGCAAAUGAAAGAUAAAGAAUUGAACAAUGCUCCAUAUAUUUAAAACUAGAAAUGUUUCUUAUGCAUCACGUUGUUUUAAUUAAUCUGACUUAGAAACGCUUUGAUUGAUGAAUUACUUCAUUUGGAGUCUCUUCCAGUUCUGAUUCUGUCUUCUUGUUUGUUUUUUCCUUUUUUAUUAAACGCUAUCAGACGGGUCAGGAUUUUACUUUGCUUCGAAGACAGGUUGCAGUUUGGAUUAUAAUUUGAACUGAAUUUGCUGUGUUUUAAUUUGUGAGAAGAACUAUUCUGUUUUGAUUGUGCGAUCCUUUUCUCAUUCAGUGAUUUAAACAACAUUGAUUGGUAACAGAAAUAGUUUUCUUUGGUCUUUCAGUGUUUUAAAUGAGUGAAUUGUAAUGCUUGUAUGGGCAUUUCAGAAAACAGCUUGGUCAUCUAAAUAAGUUAUAAGAGAAUAAAGUGAUACAUGGAUCAUUGAUAAAUCAACUGUUUAAUUGUUUUUCAGUUGUCAGAAUAAAAUUUAAACUCAUGAAAUAUUUGGAUACUGUCUGAUAAUCAUGUAACACCUAAUCGUAAAUAU